CCUUACGGACGCUAUUUUUGACGUAUCCAGCACGCGGAAUUGUGUUUGAGUUGAGUUAAUGUUGGUGUGCUUAAGUUGAAUUUGUACAUUUGGCAUUAAAGAUGUCUGGUGUUCCACCGGAUUCAUGGCAACCGCCAACAGUGUCAUUGGAGACGUCAAUGGGCACCAUUGUUGUGGAACUGUACUGGACGCAUGCUCCGAAAACCUGUAAGAACUUUGCGGAGCUUGCCAGGCGUGGGUACUACAACAGCACCAAGUUUCAUCGAAUCAUUAAAGACUUCAUGGUACAGGGAGGUGACCCGACCGGAACUGGCCGUGGCGGUGCCUCCAUAUAUGGAAAGCAGUUUGAAGAUGAGCUGCAUCCCGAGCUGAAAUUUACAGGGGCUGGCAUCCUGGCCAUGGCCAACGCAGGUCCCGACACCAACGGUAGCCAGUUCUUUCUCACCCUGGCACCCACGCAGUGGCUGGAUGGCAAACACAGCAUCUUUGGCCGAGUGUGCCGGGGCAUGGGGGUCGUGAACCGUAUCGGCAUGGUGGAGACAAACUCUCAGGACCGACCUGUAGACGACAUCAAAAUCCUCAAAACCAGCCUGCCCAACUGAGCUUCUUCCUCUCCUGUAUAGUCUUUAAAUACAUGCUUUUUUCAUAUACA